AUGACAUAGUAAGUCGAUACAAUUGACGAUGGAAAUAAAACAAAUUAAAUAUAUUCACCAAAGUUCAAGAUUGGGAAACGACAACACAGAACUUAUAUGUCAGUUGAUAUAUUUUAUAAAGGAUAGAUUGUGGUAGGAAAUUGGGAUUGGAGAUUGGGAAAUUGGGAGUGGAGAUUGGGAAAUUGGGAGUGGAGAUUGGGAAAUAGGGAGAUUGGGAUUUUGGGAUUGGGAGAUUGGGAUUGGGAGACUGGGAUUGCGAAAUUGGGAAAUUGGGAGAUUGGGAAAUUGGGAGAUAGAGAUGAAAAUAGUUAAGGGUUGAGGAAAUACAAGACAAUUAAAUUGUACUGUAAUAAAAAAAUAUAUACAAUUUAUGUGAUGUAGAUUUAAGAAGACAAUCUGAAGUAUUUAUGA